AUGUACUAUUACUACUACUACUUAUUUUCAGUUGAUUAUGCUGAUUCCAGGUGCACAGAGGGCUGUGCCUUAGCUUUAGCUUCAUAUAGGAUCUCGUUAUCUGGUGAUCCUGAUCUUGACAUUAGUUACAUAGCCCACAUCUUCUCGAACAUCUCUAUCCCUGAAAUCCGUAGCUAUAACCCAAGUAUCUUAAACCCCAAUAGAAAUCUUGAAUACCGGGUUAACGUACCCUUCUCCUGUGACUGCCUUAAUAAUGGGGACUACUUGGGCCACGUCUUUACAUACCCUGUUUGCUCUGAGUGCACUUAUGAUUCUGUAGCAUUACAAUAUUCCAAUUUGGUAACUGGGGAGUGGCUGAUGAGGGUUAACAAUUACCCGGAAAUGACAGCAUUGAACGUCAUAGUGAAUUGUUCCUGCGGGAACGAACAUGUCUCCAAGGAUUAUAGUUUGUUCCUCACGUAUCCAAUUUUUCCAGGGGAAAAUUUGACGUCAAUAGCUUUGGCGACAAAAACAAGUUCAAAAUUGAUCCAAAUGUACAAUCCAGGCGUCAAUUUCAGUGCUGGCACUGGCCUGCUCUACAUUCCAACCAGAGAUAAAUUUGGGAACUAUCCACCUAUGCCAACCAGCAAAGGCUCAUCAGGGAAAUUUAUUGCUGGAGUGGAAGUAGCAUCACUAGUUGCAGUAGCUGGAGUUGCAUUACUCAUAUGCAUCAUUUACCUGGGAUUUUAUAGAAAGAAGGUACAAAAGAUUGUGCCACAAAUCUCAGCAACUGCUGAUCAAUCGCAUCUAUCUAGUCAGGCUGGCUUCUUGGGCAUAGCUGUGGACAAAUCUACGGAGUUCUCAUACAAAGAACUUGCUGAAUCGACUAAUGGCUUUAGCAUUUCUAAUAAGAUUGGAGAAGGUGGCUUUGGAACUGUUUAUUAUGCUGAGCUGAGAGGAAAGGCAACAGCAAUAAAGCAAAUGAAUAGGCAGGCAAAAACUGAAUUUCUUGCUGAACUGAAAAUUUUGACGCGUGUUCAUCACUUGAACCUGGUGUGCUUGAUAGGAUAUUGUGUUGACAGGUAUCUCUUCCUUGUAUAUGAGUUCAUUGACAAUGGUAAUCUAAGCCAACAUCUACGUGGGAGGGACACACUGCCAUGGUCAACGAGGGUGCAAAUCGCACUAGAUUCUGCCAGGGGUCUAGAAUAUAUACAUGAACACACCGUUCCUGUUUAUAUCCAUCGUGAUAUUAAAUCAGCAAAUAUCCUGAUAGACAAAAACUUCCAUGCAAAGGUUGGAGAUUUUGGCUUGACGAAACUGGUUGAAAAUGGAAAUUCAGCUAUACCUACACGUUUUAUGGGUACAUUUGGGUACAUGCCACCAGAGUAUGGUCAUUCAGGAAUUAUCUCAUCUAAAAUAGAUGUCUAUGCUUUUGGCGUUGUCCUUUAUGAACUAAUUUCGUCAAAGGAAGCGGUAGUCAAGGAAGAUGGUAUAGAUGAAGCAAGAAGCCUUGUUGCAUUGUUUGGAGAAGCUCAUAAUCAUCCAAAUCCAAUUGAAGGCAUUUCCAGAUUGAUAGACCCCAAACUCGAGGAUAACUACCCUUUUGAUUCAGUCCAAAAGAUGAUACAGCUUGCUAAUGCUUGUACAGAGAAAGAUCAUGAGAUGCGGCCGACUAUGAGAUCUGUAGUGGUUGCACUUAUGGCACUCUCAUCAUCAAUAGAGGAUUGA